AUGACAGAAUUUUGGAAAUCUUCGUAUUGGGAUAGGCGAUUUAAGCAAGAGAAUGAAUUUGAGUGGUUGAUAGGCGGGGAUGUGUUCAUUGAGCAGACGGCUGCGUGGAUCGAUGAUAGUCACGCUAAAGCUAUAGCACAUAUCGGUUGCGGGAACAGCAGGCUAUCGAAAUCUAUCCACAGCAUCAACAGUGCUGCUCAAAUAUACAAUAUUGAUUACUCCCUUGAAGCCAUAAACCGGGCUAGACAGUUGAACGGCGAAGACCACCAAAUAUACCACACUGCAGACCUUCUUGACGCACGCCAGUUAGAGAAGAUACUACCACCCGUAGACAUUGUCGUUGACAAGUGCUGUGCCGAUUCGAUGAGCACCGGCGCAGAUGUCAUGGUUGAGGACACUUGGACCAUUUCGACCACUACGGAUUCCCCAGGGACACUCCAUAGUCCGGUAUAUGCGCUUGCGUUGAAUCUAGCACGUGUCGUUAGAUGCGGCGGAUGGUGGUUACUCUGCUCCUACUCGCCAUUCAGGUUCGAGGUCCUUGCCGAGUGCCCCGCCUGGCGGAUUGAGAAGCGGUGGUCGAUACGCGCACAAGAUGCAACAUCAAGCGAUGGAGAUGGUAGAGCGGUGCACAGACCUGAGGUACAUCACCACUUUAUCGCCCUGAGGAGGGUAUAA